UUUAGAUUAGAUCGGGAGUUCGAGUCCACGCUCUCACUCACUCAUUCACUGAUUCAGUUUCACACACGCACUGACAUAGAAGUGAGUGACGCAGUCAGCUUGAGCCUUGCGUUGAGGUUCAAAUGUUGUAGGUUGAGGACAUUAGAUUGGAUCAAGUGUGGAGUGAGUGUAUCAUCUCAAUGGAAGCAUGGCCACCUCUGCUCAUGUUAAGGUUGAGGAAAUGGUUGCCCCUUCAGACUUCAGUCAUUUCCUUGUUGUCAAUGUAAACACUUUUAAGGCUCCACUUGAGAACCACAGAACAAGUGACAGCUCCGAGAAUUUUCUUGAAAUGGUGGCUCUAAUCCUCAAUUGUGAGAGCUUGCAAGUAGAGUCAAUGUUUCAUGAAUGGGGUUGUCUGCCUAAUGAUCACAAAAAUAUUUCUAAAACAUUCUCUCGAUGCAAUAGUAAUGUUCAAGCAGCUGACUCCAUCCAAAAUGUCAUUAAAACCUUCGAUUUAUGGGUGAGGCUUUCUAUGAAUAAUGAAGGUGGGAAAAAUUCACCCAUUUCACCCGAUGAGCGUAUUAUUCGAGAGUUGAAGCAAGAAAACACCAACGGAGUUGAGUUUAUCAACAUGGAACCCUUUGCUGAUGCGGCAUUCGAUGAUGAUCUUUCUAGCACAGCUAGUCCACUGACAUCAAGCUCCGAAUGUAUAUCUAAUCUCGGAGAUCUGGUGGACAAUUUUCCUGAUCAAGAUGAUUUUGUCACCAAUGAAAUCGGUGAAAAGAGACCCACUUUCGAAUUGCCAUCUGAAGAUAACUGCAAAGACGAGGGGUUGGAAUACACAUGUCUUGAGUUACUGUCCACUACGACAAAAAUGCUCACAUCUUUCUGGCCGACAACAAACCUUAAGUCUUUUCUCAUCACGGUUUGGGGCAAUUGGCAUUUCCAAGAAUUCCUCGGGGGAAAGACUAAUUGUGAGCUACCUUCAUUCUGCCGCGAGUGGUGCGACAUAAAAGUAAUAUACCGCGAGUGCAUAGACGUUCUUCCCUCGGAUGUAACGAUGCCGAAGGUGAUGGCUACACUUGGUAUAUCCGAGGAGCCCUCAAGCCACAGCUCCAGCAUUGCUGAGUGCAUCCACAUCGCCAAGAUUGCCGCGCGGCUGCUCUCUAUACGUGCAAACUUUCGUCCUACUUUUUCAUUGGAGAUAGAUCGCCAAGUUUCCUCGGCGGGUGCGGAGACUAAACGAAGCCAUACUUCGUUCCCUCUGAAACCAAGUGAUGAAACCGUAAAUGCUUCUGAUGCUCCAGAAUUGAAUUCGACUGCUGAAGUUAUUGACUCAUCGCCGACUGUUGGCAAUUCUGUUGAUGAAACGCAAGUUCUUGUUGGUAGUGUCGCUGACGGAAUCAAAACUACUCGAGAUCAGAAUUCCAUCCUUCAAUCAACUACUCCAACCUCAGAGUGUGUGAUUCCUUCUUCUUGUGGAAAUGGUACUUCAAGUCGGAAAUCCUGUGACGAUAAAGGAAGCGAAAACACUUUCGUGAACGAAACUUCACUCAAUGAAUCUGAGUCCUGCCCGCAAAACAAGGAUCAACCUUCCUCGAGUGACGUUUCCGGUGCUCAGAGUCUCGUUUCAAAAUCAAAUUUUGUGGCUUGUUCUCAAGCUUCGGGGCCUUCAGUCGACGAGGGUAAAAUUUGCGUGACAAUUCGUGCCAAGAACGCCGAGGAACUGAGGCAAGCAACUCCGCACUUUGAUCAACUUUCUCAUGGAGCUCUCGUGAUGCCUUUCUCCUCCAUACAAAAAUAUCACGUGCCCCGCGGCGCUGCCUACGGGCCACUAUUGAACUCUGUCGAGCUUGAUCCUAGAUCUACAUUAUACGGAGCGCCGUACGUCAAUAUGAAUUACAUGUCCUCAACUGCAGCUCGUGUUUUGGCACCGUCGUUACCUCGUUACAAUAUUCAUCUGCCCGUUGGUUCCUCAGCGCCUGACACUGAUUAUUCGGCUGGUGUCAGCUCUCUCUCUGGAAGUUCGGCUGCCUCUUUUUGCCACGGCAUCGAUGUGAAAUCUUCAUCUUGUUCAUAUUUGAGAGACUCUGCGGCUGCCAAUACUUGCCGUUAUGUGACUCCUACAGCUGCUGAUGCGUCUAUACCUGUGUCAUCAUCUGCCCAUACUGCAACGGCGACUCUUAAUGUUCCCUCCAUUAAAAAAGACACGGGAAAUAGUGAAAACGCAACCUCGAAUACAGAGUCUUCUGUUCCAUGCCAUGAUCCUGAGAACCACGCUAAUGUUGCAGAUCUAAAAGAUGUUCAGCAAAAGCUGGAACAAGUUACUAGUGAACUGAAUGCCGUGCGUGUGUUGCUUCAGCAAAACCAGGGUUAUCAAGAACUACAGCAAUAUCAGAUGCAGCAAUUCUUACGUCAACAACAAUUGCAGCAAAUGCACGAACAUUUCUUCUAUCAGCAACAGAUGCAAAUGGUGCGGUCUAACGCGCCCCAGCCCCUCUAUUAUCCGAAUAAACACUAUAAUGCAGUCAAUCAGGUCAAUCAGCAGAAUUUCCUUGGCUACCCGAUUUUUCAGUACCAGGCAUUGCCUAUGCCUGUUGUCCAGCACUUGAUCCCGUUCAAGCCCAGCACUGCUUCGACGCCGGUGUCAGUGGAGGCGCUACGAGCGGCUGGGGAUAUGUACAGCUUUGUGCCUUCGCUGCCUGCCUCUUCUUCAGCAAAUUUACAUGUUGUUCGGUCUGAGUCGUCGCUAGGCGUCUUAGGCGUCAAGCUGCUACUAAUGGUUUCACAACCACCAGCUGAGAGACGUAUCUCUUCCUCUCGAUAUUUCUGCGAGUUCCUCGCGAGCAUCAACCGUGUCAAAAACGGAACCUAUUUCGUCCUCCACGAGGCAGCCUCUUCUGCCGUCGCCUCGAGCCCGUUCGGCGGUGUCAGAAUCCUGCAGUUCCACUUCCCCUGGACCCAUACCAAAACCUCGUAA